AUGUCGAGGUUUGAAAUAUAUUCUCCAGAAGGUCUAAGAGUUGACGGUCGUCGUUGGAAUGAGUUACGUCGAUUUGAUUGUUCCAUAAAUACGCAUUCUCAUGCAGCUGAUGGAUCAUCUUAUUUAGAACAGGGAAACAAUAAGAUUAUUACACUGGUAAAAGGACCAAAAGAGCCCAGCUUACGUUCACAAAUGGAUCCUACGAAGGCACUUCUAAAAGUAUCGGUUAAUAUAACCAAAUUCUCAAAAACAGAAAGAAGCAAGACCAGUCAUAAGAAUGAAAGGCGAGUGCUAGAGAUCCAAACUGCAUUGACACGUACUUUCAACAAGAACGUCAUGUUACACAUUUAUCCUAGAACACUGAUAGAUAUUGAAAUUCACGUUUUACAACAAGAUGGUGGAUUAGUUGGGACUUUGAUCAACGGUAUCACACUAGCUUUGAUAGACGCUGGUAUUGCUAUGUUUGACUAUAUCAGCGGUGUCUCAGUUGGACUUUACGAUACUACUCCAUUAUUAGAAGUAAAUUCCUUGGAAGAAAACGUAAUGAGUAGUGUUACGCUGGGAGUUGUCGGUAAAACUGAAAAGCUUUCUUUACUACUGGUGGAGGACAAGAUACCGUUAGAUAGAUUAGAAAGUGUGUUGGCUAUAGGAAUAGCGGGUGCUCACAGAGUAAGAGAGCUAAUGGACAGUGAAUUAAGGAAAAGAGCAGAAAAGAGGGUAGCAAAUUCGACGAAUUAA